AUGAGAAAAACUACUAUUUCUGAUGAUGAUGAUGAUGAUGAUUUUGAUCGUCCAUCACCACUUUUACAAACACAACGUUUUACAAAAUCUGGUACUGUUGGUACAAAAAAUUUUCAUACAAUACAAACAAAAUCAAAACAUAAUGAAGGAACAAAUUUAAAUUUAAAUUUAAAUGGAGUAAAUGAUGAUAAUGAUAAAGAUAGUUUAAAUGAUUCUGAUGAUGAUACAAGUACUAAAACAGGUCGAAGUUCAUCAAGUCUUACAACAAGUCAAUCAACACCUAAACCAAAAGAACGUUCAUUUCUUAAAAAAGAUACAGAAAAACCAAAAGUAAAACCACGUCAUACUGGUAUUAGUGAUGAUGAUGAUGAUGAUGAUGAUGAUGAUAAUGAACGAAAUGUAUUUGGUAAAACAAAAACAGAACCAAGUCCAAGACAUCAAAUAUUAUCAUUACGUGAAGAAGAAGAAAGAAAUCAAUCAUUUAUGAAAACUUUUACACAUGAAAAAAAACGACAAUCACCAACAGAUAUAUUUUCAACUGAUCGUAUAUCUGUUAUACAAAAAGAUCGUACAAAAUUUUCAAAUGAUCAUGAUAAUAAGAAACGUAUAGAUAGUGAUGAUGAAAAUCUUACAAAUAGACAAUCAAAACAUAAAGAUUUUAUAAAAUCUCGACAUUCAUCAACAAGUAGUGAACAAUCACAAACACAAAAACCUAGUAGUCGAAGUAAAGGAAUAAUAGAUCAAAGUGAUAAUGACGAUGAUUUUUUAAAAAAACAAUCACAACGACAAAGUUUUAAAAAAGAAAAACAAUCGUCUCAUGAUUCAGUACAGGAUACUGAUUCAAAUGUUAUUCAACAUCAAUUAUCAUCAAGUCGACCUGGUUCAGCAAGUAAAAAAGAAAUUGACUCUGCUCGACGUUCAUCAUACUGUGAAGAUCAAGAUUCAGUUAUACCUUCAACAACAACAAUAAAUCAAAAACCUCAAUCACGACCAACAUCAGCUAAAUCAAAUACAACACGUCAACAAACUCAAUCAGCUAUUGAUAUGGUUACUUCUGCUAAUGUUCCACCUACACUUGAUCCUUUAACAUCAAAUAAUGAAGCACUUGCUGCAGUACUUCAACCUCCACCAUCACCUCCUCCUCGUUCAUCGGCAAGACUUCCACCUAGGCCAAAAUCAAAUUUAAAUAAAACAACAACCAUAGGAGGUAUUAAUAAAAAACAAACAUUUAAAAUUCCAUCUCGUUAUCAAGAAAUUACAUCACGUGUUGAUACUGGUCGUGCAUCAACUUCUACAAUAGAUUUAACACGAUCUAUUGAACGUGCACUUCAAAAAGAACUUAAAUCACAAACACUACCAAGACCACAAAGUGCUCGUACAAGAAAACUUUCAGCAACAAGUAAUCAUAAUAGAAGUCAACGACGUCGAUCAUCAUCAGCUUAUGAACAUGUUCAACCACGUGUCAAUACAAAUCGUUCAAUAAAUUUUGAUGAAUUAGAUACAAGUAAAUUACGUAAUGAUUCAAGUCAAACAAUAAAAGAUGCUGUUUAUCUUGAAUGGUUAAAAAAUAAAGAAGAUAAAAGAAAAGUUGAAAAAGAAGAAUUAAAACAUUGGCAAGAAGAAAAAUCUAAACUUGUUGAUAAAUCUACAGUUGAACGUAGAAUUCGACAAGAAGCACAAAAACUUGAACGUUGGCGUCAAGAAAAAGAAAAAGAAAUUAUAGAAAAAAAACGAAUAGAAAAUGAAUUAAAACGUAAACAAGAAGAACAAGAAAAACAAAAACAAAAACAAAAAAUAAAUGAUGCUAAAGAUGGUUUUGAAGAUUGGAAAACACAUAAAGAGGAACAUUUAAAAGAACAAAUUAAAGAACGUAAUGAUAAAAAAGCUGAAAUUGAACAACGACAAGAAGAAAAACAAAAGAAAGUUUUUGAAGCUGAAAAAGCUUAUGAAAAAUGGAUGAAUAAAAAAAAAGAACAAACAAAAAAAUUCAAUGAAACACACAAACAUGUUCGAGGAGAUCAAUUAAAAAAACUUCGUGAAAAUGAAGAAACUAAAUUUCUUAGUUCACAAGAAGCUUAUGAAAAAUGGCUUCAAGAUAAAGAUAAAUAUGAAAUUGAAGAAAAACUUAAUACAAAACGACGAAAUUCUCUUACAAAUAAACAACAACAAGUACCAUUUUUACCAGGUGGUUCUCAAAAAAAUACAGGACAAAUUCGGCAUAAUGUUUGGUAA